GAUAACGAUAACACGUUAGGCUAUAACAAAUUUGUUACUCAAACCGCUAGCAGACUGCUGCAGCAAACGCACAACGCAACGCAAGCCAGCCGCAGCUCUGACCCCAGCCCCGGCCCCAGCUCAAGCUCAAGUUUGGCAACUAAUCAGGGGUCAAGUGUGGCAGAGGCCAAGGCCAGCUCCGCAGCCGCCACAACUAACAAACUUCCAACUAACGCACAGAAACCAGUCUCCAGCAACACAGCUGCGGAGCAGCAACCGACAACAACAACGACAACGACAACAGGGAGGCCGCAACGUGUCCAGCCUGCGGUUCAGGUGACGCAACCGCAGCAUAUCCUUCAGCAGAAUCCGGCGCCCACCAAGCCGAGCCGCCAGAAGGCGUCGCGUAAGUUCAAAUAACAAUUACUGCAGCUGCUGUUGCACUACAGCUGCCUGCCGCAACUGGCGACCAGGACAGCGAAGACGCCGGCGCUGCUCCGACUGACCCUGCAACUGGAUAGCGACAACGACAACGAAUCCGAAUUCGUGCCGGAGCCGGUGCACGUCUAAGCCCAAGUACAAGUACAGUAAAAUCUAUGAAAUGCUGUAAAAAAUUUGCUUUAAAGAAUUUAUUAAACAAUUUACCAAAUGCGCCUUAGAUGAAACUAAUUUGCAAUAUCUUAGCAUAGGAAUAUUAAAGUGAAACCCUUUAUAUGGUUGAUGUGGCACAUCCAUACACGCACACACACACUCAGACAGAGAAUUAGUGGUUCGCAAGCUGCGCUACACAGUCAAUUUAUUUACAUAUUGUACCAUCUAAUCCACUCACACAUAUACACAAUAACACAACCUGAUACAACUUCUUUACCAAACCCCGAAGAGCUCCUGACCUCCGCGGACAUUCAGGAUGGCAAGGUUGAAUACGACAGGGCCACCGGUGCAAGCACCAAGUACAAGCUGAUUGAGGGUGGCUACGAGAUGAUCAUCACCACGCCCCAGCCGAAUGGUACGGUCAAGACCCAGGUGAAAACCUUCUGGGAUCCAAAGCCUGUUAGCGAGGCGGAUCUGGCCAAGGAGCAGGCAAACAAGAAACUCGUCAAGCAGCGUCUGGGCAAGGAGAUACGCAUCGAUGAGAGGACCACCAUGCUGACCCGCGCCAUUGAGGGCGGUUACGAGGAGGUCUACACCACCAUCAAUGACGAUGGCACGCGCAGCUCGCGCACCAAGACCUUCUUUGAUUCCGUGCCCACGGAAAUCAAUGAGAGCACCAACACCAAGGUGAACAAGACCAAGAAGAAUGUAACGCGCAAGUCGUCGGUGGAUUCUACCGACUCCACGGAGUCAUCCUCUCGCCGCAUCGUUCAAAAGACGCAGAGGAAUGUGAUUCAGAAUGUCAACGAUAGCCAGUCGAACUAUCGCCAGGAUACCACCGUCGAGGAGACGCGUAAGGUUAGCCAGAACAUUGAGUACACCGAGAACAAUCGCACCGUGCGCAAGAAUUCGCUCCAGGAGCAGAGCAUCAAGGCCAUCAGUCAGAGCACCAACGAUGGCGGCAAGAAGAAGAAGAAGCCCAAGUCAUCGGCACCACCACCACCAGCUGACUUUGUGCAAAACGAUACCACUACCGUGGCCUCGAAGCGUGUGCCCGGCGGCGUGGAGUACACCUACUCAACGGAACUGGAGUCGGGCAAGACGAUUACCACCUCGAAGACUGUCUACGAGGAGGAAGAAGUCGAGCUGACCGAGGAGGAGAUCAAGCAGUACAAGAAGACUUUGAAGGAUGCUGAGAAGCACAAGAACGUGACCAGCACCAAGAAGCUCAGGUCCGAGUCGGGCACCAAGAAGAUCGUGCCCUCCGAGAAUCCGGGCGAUGUGACCACCGUUGAGACCAUCAAGAUCGAGGGCGGCACCGAGUACCACUAUACCACCGUGACCGCUGAGGGUAUUGUGAAGAAGGCAGUGAAGACUGUGUUCGAUCCGGUGCCCAGCUCCAAAUCGAACCCCGACGAUACCGACGAGGAGGAGAUCAUUGAGGAGUACGAGGAGGAGAUUAUCGAGCCCGGCGAGAAGACGGUCAAGACUAUUGAGACUGUGAAGCAGUUGCCUCACAAGUUCGAAGAGGAAGUGACCAUCACCCAUGAGAAGAAGGAGAAGAAGGUAAAGAAGUCCAUGGUCAUAAGCCAUUAGAGCGCGCACGGCACAACCACAAAACAAACACCCACACAUCGAAACACACACACGCACACUUAUUAACACGCUAGCUUUUGUAUUCGUUGAAAUUUGAAAAGUAUAUUUUGAUCUGUAAGAUUGAAAAUCAUGAGUACCCCUAAUAUGUAUUUCAGCGCCCAGUUCAGAUAGCUGUCGCUGGUCUUUGUACGCUUCUUGUAAGCUUUCUUAUAAAUUAUUUGGGCAGCAAUUUGUUGCCCUGAAGCGAGUUGAGAAAAGUCAUUUGUCUAUGUUUACUGAACACUCAAAAUUGUAUUAAAAAUUCUAAGAAAAAAACUAUAAAUUUAUUCAAACAACUUAACAUUAUAUUUGUGGCACACUUUUGUUUAUCAAUAAAA